AGGGAAGGCCUCGUGCAUGAGCUUGGCGAUGCGCUCACUCGAGGUGCUGGGCCUGGAGGCUAUCUCGCGUGGUACCUCGCGAAACUCCAAAAGUAUCCUAUCCGCACCAAGAUGCUCACGUCGGGCUCUCUCGCCGGUCUGCAAGAGCUUCUCGCCUCUUACAUUGCCAAAGACCGAAACAAGAACGGCAACUACUUCACCAGCCGCGUGCCCAAAAUGGCUCUGUAUGGUGCUUUCAUCAGUGCACCCCUCGGACACUUGAUGAUCAGCAUCCUGCAGAGACUCUUCGCAAACAGGACCAGCCUACGAGCCAAGAUUAUGCAAAUCAUCGUCUCCAAUUUGAUUGUCUCCCCAAUCCAGAACGUAGUCUACCUGUCCUCCAUGGCCGUCAUCGCCGGCGCCCGCACCCUCCACCAAAUCCGCGCCACCGUCCGCGCCGGCUUCAUGCCCGUCAUGAAGGUCUCCUGGAUCACGUCUCCCAUCGCCCUGGCCUUCGCCCAAGCCUUCCUCCCCCACGAAACCUGGGUGCCGUUCUUCAACUUCCUCGGCUUCGUUAUCGGCACCUACAUCAACGCGCACACCAAGAAGAAGCGGCUGCAGGCUUUGCGGAGGAAGUAUGCGGAC